UAAGAACACGCUUACGAUGGAGUCAGUUGUAUUUAAAGCUUUUGUCUUAUCGAUGUUAGCUGUAGCCAGUGGUAAACCAAUGUGGGAUGAUGAAAAUAACGAUUACAAUGGUGGCUCGGAAGAGAGUGUAGUAGAAAACACAAAUUUUUACCCAAAUUAUCCAAGGCCUUACGAUGGUGGGUUUGGAUCAGUGGUUGAUGACAGACCUGACUACAACAACCAAUUCGACAGCUCUGAAGGAGGUGAAGAGGAAAACUAUAACUAUGACGGAGGAAAUUAUUACGCUCGUGAUGAAGGUUCCUCUAGAAGAUAUCCAUCGAACAGACAAGGUGGAAGUGAUUAUAGAGCUCUGAAAAGAAAGCCAAUGGGAAGGGGAAGACCUUUCAAUUCAAGGUCGAGACAAAGAACAGAGGACUAUUCUUCGGGAUCUGGCGAAGUUUCAAAUUUUGGAAACGGAGAUCAUAAUCGUAACAUUUUUCAUAUAACUAAAAAAUUGGUGUAUGUGUAACAUUAUAUUGAGAAUC